CUUCAAGGUUCUCCCUUGCUUGCGCUCGAGGGAAACCUUUGACCGGAACUGCGUUCCCUGUUAGCAUUGCUAACUUAGCAGCUAACUGGCUAUUCGUUGGCGUGCUUCCUUUUUCACGCGUCCUUUCUCAUGCUGAGAGAUGUGGUUUAUUUAUUUGCUGAGCUGGCUGUCACUGUUGAUCCAGGUGUCCUUCGUCACGCUAGCUAUAGCUGCUGGUCUGUACUACUUGGCAGAACUAAUAGAAGAGUUCACGGUGGCCACCAGUCGAAUAAUAAAGUACAUGAUCCUGUUUUCGACAGGCGUGCUGGCAGGUCUGUACGUCUUUGAAAGCUUCCCAGCAUUGAUGGUGGCAGUGGGACUCUUCACCAAUCUGGUCUACUUUGGCCUGCUGCAGACAUUUCCGUACAUCCUGCUGAGCUCACCCAACUUCGUCCUCUCCUGCGUGUUGGUUGUGGUCAACCACUACAUGGCCUUCCAGUUCUUUGCACAGGAGUAUUAUCCUUUCUCAGAGGUGCUGGCAUAUUUCACCAUCUGCCUGUGGGUGAUCCCCUUUUCCUUUUUCGUGUCGCUGUCGGCGGGCGAAAACGUGCUUCCGUCCACCGUGCAGCAAGGUGAUGACGUGGUGUCCAAUUACUUCACCAAGGGCAAGCGGGGGAAGCGCUCUGGGAUCCUCCUGGUGUUCUCCUUCCUCAAGGAGGCUGUGCUCCCCAGCCGGCAGAAAAUGUACUGAGGGACUGGACUCCGGGGGGGGUCGGGGGGGCAGGACUGUGGGAAUCGUGUGUAUGUGUUUGGAAUUCCAAUGUAAUUGUGGCUCAAGGGGGAAAGAGGUUGGACUGCUGGGCGAGCCUCUCGACUGCAUUGGACUGUCUCGUUAAGGUGUUGAAAAGCCUAUUUUUGCGGUUUUGCAAGACACACCCAGAAAGCUUGUGCUAGGUUGCCUGGAUCAGUCAUGUUGCCGUUCUCCAGGCAGUUUGGAAGCGGAAUAUUUCCGAGACCUCGGGAGUACGGCAAUUUCGGAAUGAGCUUUCGAGACGUGUAGCGGCUUAGAAAACAGUCGACGAAAGCGCUCGGCGAAGGCGAAUGAAUGAAAGCCACCCGUCAUCACGUCAACCGGACUGUUUUGGAUGAAGAUAUUUUUCCACCUUGAUUCCAGCAUCAAACGCGCGUGGAGCCCGACCUCAAUCGGAAACGUUUGUGAGCGACGCGGUUCAGUCGCUUUCCCCCAAAUCCCACAAAAUGCGGCCGCAAAUGACCCAAACCGAUUGGAGUAAAAUCAUUCUUGACUGCACUGCGCAAGAGCCCGAGUUUGACUUCUUUUACUGUUGGACGUUUCUUUGUAUUGGUCCAUUUUGAUUCCAAAUUUUGUAUUUUUCAUUUGCAGAGGUGACUUGACUCGAGUCAGACUUACUGCAAGUCGCCAUUUUUUUUUUUGCUUAGCUCUAACUUAUGGAGGACUUCGCUCGGUAUUCAUGAGGCUUGACCUGACUCAAACUACACGAGUGCCCUUUUACAAUUCAACAAUAAGGAAAAGAAAAAACAGUUCCGAGGCAAAAGCCACUGCUGACGAAAAACAACAUAAAGGCUCAUCUUACUUUUGCGGGGGGGGGGGGGGGGGGGAACAACAAACAAACCACCUGAAUGAUUCCCAAUACGUCUGGGAGAAUAUUCCCAGACGAAAGUGAGAGACGAAAGUUGAACUUGUGUCUUGUGACAUCUGGCGUAAAUGUAACAACAUUUCAAAUAAACAUCAUCCUACCAUCA